CUUUCUCUAUCUAUGUGCACUCUUAUCUCACUGUUCUAUUUUUUCCCUCAUUUGUAUUAACCCAUUCUUACCUUUUUUUCCAAACUUUUAGGACUUCUCAGAACUGGUGGGAGACAAAUGUUACUCUGUAAACUGCCAAGAUGGUAAGAAACAAGCCACAUUUCUCCUUGGGGAGGCUGAUAGUUUAAAAGGUUUGUUGUGGCAUUCCCAACUCCAUCGCCAACCUUUUCUUUCCACCUCUACCCCCGGAAGACCACUUAGAUACCGAAGCAGACGCGGCGGCUGAAGUCAGGAAACCAUGCAUCAUGUCAGCAGGAGCCAACUGCAGACUUUAAACUCUGUUCAACAUGUGGAUGCGGCAGAGAAAUGACCUGUCCAGACAAGCCAGGGCAACUCAUAAACUGGUUCAUCUGCUCCCUGUGCAUCCCGCGGGUACGUAAACUCUGGAGCAGCCGGCGUCCGAGGACCAGGAGAAAUCUCCUGCUGGGCACAGCCUGCGCCAUCUACCUGGGCUUCCUGGUGAGCCAGGUGGGGAGGUCCUCUAUCCAGCACGGACAGGCAGCUGAAAAGGGGCCACACGGGAGCCGUGACACCGCCGAGGCACCCUACCCUGAGAUACCUCUCGAUGGUACUCUGGCCCCUCCCGAGUCCCAGGGCAAUGGGACCACCCUGCAGCCCAAUGUGGUGUACAUUACCUUGCGCUCCAAGCGCAGCAAGCCUGCCAAUAUCCGUGGCACCGUGAGACCGAAGCGCAGGAAAAAGUAUGCAGUGGCCUCUGCCGCCCCAGGACAGGCGGCCUUGGUUGGACCAUCCCUUCAGCCGCAGGAAUCUGCAAGGGCAGCUGAUGUUGCAGUGCCUGUGUUCGCCCAGGGAGGAAACCUGGCCAAGGUGGGAGAGCGACCCUGGAGGUUGGUGUGGGGUCCAGGAGUGCGCGCAGGAGGCUCAGACUUCCUGCAGCCCCAGGCCAAGGAGAGCAACAUUAGGAUCUACAGCGAGAGCGCCCCCUCCUGGCUGAGCAAAGAUGACAUCCGAAAAAUGAGGCUCUUGGCGGACAGCGAAGUGGCAGGCCUCCGGCAGGUGUCCUCUAAGAGCGGAGCCCGCCUGCUCGUGCUGGAGGGGAGCGCACCUGGCUCCGCGCCCCGCUGCGGCCCCAGCCCCUGUGGGCUGCUCAAGCAGCCUUUGGACAUGAGUGAGGUGUUUGCCUUCCACCUAGACAGGAUCCUGGGGAUCAACAGGACCCUGCCGUCUGUGAGCAGAAAAUCAGAGUUCAUCCAAGAUGGCCGCCCAUGUCCCAUCAUCCUCUGGGAUGCAUCUUUAUCUCCAGCAAGUAAUGACACCCAUUCUUCUGUUAAGCUUACCUGGGGAACUUAUCAGCAGUUGCUGAAACAGAAGUGCUGGCAAAAUGGCCGAGUACCCAAACCUGAGUGGGGUUGUACUGAAAUACAUCACCACGAGUGGUCCAAGAUGGCACUCUUUGAUUUUUUGUUACAGAUUUAUAAUCGUUUAGAUACAAAUUGCUGUGGAUUCAGACCUCGAAAGGAAGAUGCCUGUGUACAGAAUGGAUUGAGGCGAAAAUGCAAUGACCAAGAUUCUGCAGCUCUGGCACACAUUGUCCAGCGAAAGCAUGACCCAAGGCAUUUGGUUUUCAUAGACAAUAAAGGUUUCUUUGACAGAAGUGAAGAUAAUUUAAACUUCAAGUUGUUAGAAGGCAUCAAAGAGUUUCCCGAAUCUGCAGUUUCUGUUUUGAAGAGCCAGCACUUACGGCAGAAACUCCUUCAAUCUCUGUUUCUUGAUAAAGUUUAUUGGGAAAGUCAAGGGGGUAGACCUGGAAUUGAAAAGCUUAUUGAUGUAAUUGAGCAGAGAGCCAAAAUUCUCAUCACCUACAUCAACGCCCACGGGGCCAGAGUAUUACCGAUGAAUGAAUGACAAAGGAUCUCCUGGCUAGAGGAGUAUUUAUGCAUUUGUAUUUUUGAUUUUAAAUCAAGUCCAUCAAUGUCAAGUCCUUUUAGGAAUGAGGUGGUGCAGAUGAACACAUAAAAUAAAUGAAUUUAACCAAGUAGGUAUUAUGGGCCUGAACAUUGUAUGCCGACUUAAAAAGGUUUUAAAAAACAUAACUGCUCAAGAAAUAUUUGUUUAUAUUUUUCUCUAACAUCAUGUUAUGUGAGUCUCAACAUCUAAUUACAGAAUAGUUCCAACUAUUAUUCUAGCUAACUUUUAUAAACAUUUAUCAUGUCAUUUAAUAGAACAGUGUAAACCAGAGAUACUGACUCCAUUAAUAAACCAUGUAUUAUGCCGUUUUGA